AUGUCGGAGGAGUCGAAGGACGGCGCGGACGUUACGUCGACCCCCGUCUACCUGAAGGUCUACGACCUUUCCCAUGGCAUGGCUUCCAAGAUAUCGAUGCCGCUUCUGGGAUUCCAGAUGGAUGGACUAUGGCACACCAGCAUUGCUGUUUUCGGCAAUGAGUAUCUGUUCGGUCAAGGAAUAUCCUAUUGUUCGGAGGCGCGUUGCGAGGAGAUGACCAAUCUGCCGUUGGUUCGCAAGAUUUUGCUUGGCGAGACUAGCAUCACCAAAGAGGUGUUCCAUGAAUACAUCGACAGUUUGAAGGUCACUUUCUCGCCGGAAUCGUACCACCUGUUGCGCUGGAACUGUAACCACUUCACCAACACUGCGGCGGACUUCCUCACCGGUACCGGGAUCCCCGACGAGUACGUGAAGAUGAUUGAGCGCAUUGAGCAGAGUCCGAGCGGAAAGGUUGUUCUCGGCCUUAUAGAGGUGCGUGUGGAUGCUUAUAAUGCUCAUGUGAUCUUAGAAAUCCUUCAAUCGCGACCCCAGCUCUUUCUCGGUUCCCACGGGUCGGUGAUAUCAUCCGAUGUCGGUCCAUCUCUGGAUGAGGAUUGA